AUGGCGCUUUUGGGAAAGUUGGUAUGGGAUUGUCUAAAUAAUAGUGAGAAGUUUUGGGUGCAGGUUCUGAAGCAUAAAUAUCUCAGGAAUCAAUCUGGGGUGUCUUGGGAGGUUGAUAGUCUUACUACGCCUAUUCCGCAUGAGAUUAAGAAGUUUAUUUGUAGUCUGAGAUAUCCUAGUUCGACUGAUUUGGAGCCACAGUGGGAGUGGUGGCCUGCAGCAACAAAAAAGUAUAGUGCAAGGGAGGGUUAUAGAUGGUUAUUAAAGAAAACAUUAAAUUGGAAUGCCAAUAGUAAUUGGAACUGGUUGUGGAAUACAAACAUUCCGGAGAAGUUCAAAUUUACUAUGUGGCUUGGCUUACAUGAUACUCUACCAACUGAGACCUUUCGAUUCAAGCGGCAUCUAGCUUCUUCAGAUAUGUGUAAGAGAUGUAACAAGGCGCAAGAGACUAUGGAGCAUUGCCUUAGAGAUUGUGAACGAUCAAAGGCAAUUUGGCAUAUGUUGGAUCCUAGUAUCCUGGACUCGACGGCUGGUACUGCUCUUGAAGAGUGGUUUCAGAAGGCGUUGGCUAACAAUGAGGCAUCCUUUGGUACAGGACUUUGGUGGGUAUGGAGACAUAGGUGCAAUGACAUAUUCAAUACUGACAACCCUUGGACAGACCACAAGGUUGUUGCCUUGGCCAGAAUUACCGCCAAGGACUUACAGGUUUAUAGGAAUCGAAACAAUGCCUUUAGGUCUCUCCGAAAUUGCCUGUGUUGGGAACCACCGGUAGGCAAUAGUUUUAAAGUUAAUUGCGAUGUAAGCUUAUGUGAAUUAUUUGCUGCUUGGAGGGGGCUGGUUUUAGCUUGGGAUUGCGGUUCGAGAGAUAUUAUAUGUGAAACGGAUUGCCUUGACAUUCUGCCCAUCAUACAUGAGCUUACAAGUGGGUAUUCAUCUGAAGUAAUAGAUUUGGUUCACAAGAUUCAGGAGCUUUUAUCUCGUCCUUGA